AUGCCGCUAAGAACUUUCAUAAAUCUGGCUUUCAAGCCGCAAGCCUGCGAUGAUAGGGAUGGCCUCCUCUCCUUCAGGCACGCAUUCAAGGCGGUACCACAGACCGCGGGGAGCGCGGCACAGAUAUACGAGCCCCUGGCUGCAGCGUUGAAUAAAACAUCCAAGUACAAAGCACGUUGCCCAGGGCUUGUAUUCGAGAAGACCAUCGAGCGUAGCUUGUACCCUUUGCGAUCGGGGUCCGCCAAACCGCACAUUUGCUGCUUCACCCCCGAACAUGCUGAACUCGUACGGCGCGCGGACAAGCACACCCGUGUUGAGUUCGGAUACGCCGAACUCUUCAUCAACGUCAGCCCUAAACCCUCCUACGACUUCUUUGUCGACCCCCCGACUGGCGCCGAUCAACAGGAUCGCGAGGCGCACGAGUUUGUCCGCCAGUUCGAUACAGAAGAUUGGGACCUGUUGGACCUGUCUUGCAGGGCUGAGAGCGCCUUCGGCUUGCAGAUCGCCUUCGCAACGGAGGUCUUUGCUCGUCAGCACCGACUCGUCGUCUACUCUAUCGCCAUGGCUGGUUCCUUCGCAAGGAUCCUCCGGUGGGACCGUGGGGGCUGCAUCGUCACCGAGGCGUUCGACGUUCGGGAACAUCCAGAGCUGCUCCUCGAAUUUAUCUGGAGAUUCUCCCAGGUAUCGGCCAUAGAGCGCGGCCACGAUCCAACUGUUUCUAUCGCCACGCCACAAGAGGAGACGCGCUUCCGGGACGCCGUGAUAGCCCACGUCCGCUCCCAGCUGGAGGUUGAAGGCGACGAGCUGGAUAGAGCCGUCAGGGCACAUUACCAACCAGGGCAUGUAACUGCUGUCGAUGUUUACUUCCGAGCUCCUAUGGGCACUGUAGUGCCGGUUAGCUUUGCCCGGCGAUUCGUCGUGUCGCGACCCGUCGUCUCACCGCUGUACCUGGAGAGUCGUGGUACUCGCGGCUACUGGGCACUGUGCUGUGACACUGGGCGGGUUGUGUUCCUCAAGGACUCAUGGCGCGAGCAUUCCACGACCGAGCUGGAGGGAGAUAUCUUGGAGCGUCUUAACGACUUGGGUGUGCGCAAUGUGCCGUUGCUGGUGGCACAUGGAGACGUGCCCGAGGAGGACGACACAUUUCAGAAAACAGGUCCCCUCUUCGUGGGGCAACCCUGGAGAUGCCUCAUUGACGGUGAAGACAACGACAUCAGCAGGCGACAACAUUAUCGUCUGGUCACAGACACAGCCGGGUACGGUCUCAACACCGUCCGAGGGACGCGAGAGCUGCUGCACGCAACAUACGACACGUUUACAGCUAUGAGAGAUGCGCUCGCCAAGGACUCCCGAAUUCACAGGGAUCUCAGCGUGGGCAAUAUAAUAUUGGUGAAAGAGCCCGGGUCGGCCAUUCGCAGGGGAUAUCUCAUCGACUGGGAGGCUUCCGAUCAGGUCGAUGAAGGUGGUGAUGCUAAGGAUGCCGGACGUGCGGGGACAUGGGACUUCAUGUCGAUCCGAAUGUUAAGCGACAGUGGGAUGGAUGCCAAGCACACCUUCAAGGAUGACAUGGAAGCCCUGCUAUACGUCGUUUUCUACUGCGCCUUGCUCUACACCCCCCACGACGUUCGCAAGGACAAACUCCACAUCUCCGUUCACGCAUUCUUCCGUAGUCACGCCCGUCUGGGUGAUGUUACCUUCGGCGGCGGGUGGAAGAUGGACAACGCUCACUCGCGUCUGUUCACGGGGAACAUCCAGUUUCAAAGUGCCGCUCUCCAAGAAUGGAUAGCAACGGUCGCGGAUUUCCACUCUCCUCCACCAAGCCUCGAAGAGAAGUACAAGGAUGCGUGGGAUGCGGCCCAUCUCGAUGCGUUCUGGUCGGAGUUUCUGCAGACCCGGGUGUUGGAGAACGACGAUCGUGUCGUGCAUAAACUUGUCAACCCCGACCGCCGCUCUCUUCCCGCCUUUCCUCCCGCCGCUCCUCCCAGCGCUGGGCCUGCAUCGCGCAAGCACCACGUAUCACCGCCGGGGGACACUGAUGUGGAUACGCCAGCACCCAAGAAACGUCGGACUGAGCUCCAGAAGGCGCCCGCCGCCUCCCAUAUCUCUCCGGUAAGGACGCGCCGCGGCCGUCUUCUUGCAGCAUCUGCCCCUCGGCGCAGCGAGCGCAUACGCGCUCGACUGAACCAGCAAAAGCCGUCCGCUGCCUUUUCCCGCGCCUCUGGUCCUGCCCCCAGCGGUAGGAUACCGCCGCUCCCAAGGAAAAUGCGGGAGGCGGAAAUCGAAGCCUUGUGA